AUGGACGGGUUUGAUGAGAGACGUGGGGAUAUUCAGGAAAAGAUGGAAGUAUUGACGCUGCUUGGACGACGAGCAAAACAUGAGAAACGACAUAAUGUAGUAAUAUUGUUCGAAAACGGCACAGAAUUAGUAGACGAGAUAGAAGAAUGCGACCACGAAGACGACGUGCUACCGCCGUACACAGCCUCGCCUACUAAUUAUAUAUCAAGAGGCAUAAAUAACAACAAUGAAAAUAGUAUAGCAGAUAGCAAUGCAGAGUCAACGUCCGCCGCAACCAUCAAGCCCAAAAAAUUACCGCCGCCACGUUCCCCCAUAAAACUAGCCAUCAAAUAUAGGGAUGUUAAAAGUCCGGUCUGGUCCGGUCCGGUUCUGGAACCGCAAAGUCUGUGA